UUUGUCACCACUAAUAAACACUAUUUGCGGAUUUCUAGUAUUAACUUUAAGCCAACUAUCGACCGAUCCACGACCAGACUUGCCCAAGUUUGGAUUACGUCUACCGAAAAAUCGUCCCCCUCUUCCGUAGCAACUAAACAAACGAAUCAACAUGGUAUUUGGAUUAUUGGUACGCGGCGGUCUGGUAGCUGGAACUGUGUACUAUACCCGCAAAGCUGGCGUCUGGGGCAACCCCGAGGAGACAGACAAGCUGCUGAAUGACGUGAAGGGUCAGCUCUGUCCCUAUGUGCAGAAGGCGAAGAAGCAGCUGCCCUUCGAGGUGCCCAAGCUACCACAAGCGGGCGAAGUGCGCUUCCUGGUCAAACACUAUUACAAUGAGGGCGUGAAGAGCUCAUUCCGCUUCAUCCACAUGCUGCCCUGCUAUGCGGGCCGUGGUCUCAAGAAGGUGAAAGACACAUUCGAGGACUUUGCCAAGUCGCCAGCCAUCACGGGAGGCAGCGAAAAGGCGGCAGCGGCGGCGACGAAAUAGUGAAAUAUGGAUAUUCAAUGAAUAUAAAUGCUUAUUCAAUGGAAGGCUGUUUUCAUGUUAGUUCAUAGUUAGUCUAUUGAAUACUAUGUUUAUGUACCUCCCCCCCCACAACUUAACAAAUUCUGAACUAUCUCGAGCAGUAGAUGCUUAAAAAUACUUAUCGAUGUGAAGAUUGGAGAUUUAAGCGUAUUGUGUUCGACCUUAAAUGCUAGCAAUAAACUAAAUUUAUGUCUUAAGCGUGAAA